AUGGCGUUGAGCACCCAAAGAGCCUCUGCCUUUCUUCCUUCAGCUGAUCAGUCGGCUCGUCAAUGGAACUAUGAUGUGUUUUUGAGUUUCAGGGGUGUAGACACUCGAAAUAGCUUUGUGUCCCAUUUAUACCACGAAUUGCAGCACAGGGGCAUUAAAACAUUCAAGGAUGAUCCAAAGCUUGAAAGAGGGACAACCAUUUCUUCAGAGCUUCUUAAUGCAAUCGAAGGAUCAAGGCUUGCUAUCGUUGUUCUCUCGCCAAACUAUGCUUCUUCUUCCUGGUGCUUGGAUGAACUUACAAAUAUUCUCCAAUGCAUGAAAUCCAAGGGCACAGCUUUGCCUGUGUUUUAUAAUGUGGAUCCGUCGGAUGUACGAAAACAAAGUGGCAGUUUUGCAGGCGCCUUCGCUGAGCAUGAGAAACGGUUUACGGAAGAUAUAGAAAAGGUGAAGCGCUGGAGAGCUGCUUUAACAGAAGUUGCCAAUUUAUCUGGGUUGGAUUCAAACAAUGAGUGUGAAAGAAAGCUCAUUGAAAAGAUUGUUGAAUGGGUGUGGGGAAAAGUGCAUCGCACAUUCAAAUUGUUAGAUUCCACAGAGUUAGUGGGAAUUAAGUUUACACGUGAGCAAAUGGAUUUGCUUUUAGACCCUACAGAUGAUGUUCGCUUUGUAGGGAUAUGGGGGAUGGGAGGCAUUGGCAAGACAACCAUUGCUAGACUUGUUUAUGAAAGCAUUUCUAUUCAUUUUGAAGUUAGCUGCUUUCUUGCUAAUGUUAGAGAGGCUUCGGAAGGUAAUCGUCUUGUUGAUCUACAAAGACAGCUUCUUUUCCCUAUCUUGAAGGAACAAAUUACUCAAGUAUGGGAUGAAGAGUGGGGGACCUAUUUCAUUAAGAAUUGCUUAUGUAAUAAAAAGGUUCUUCUCAUUCUUGAUGAUGUGAAUGCAUCAAGCCAACUAGAGAAAUUUGCUAAGGAAAAGGAUUGGUUUGGUAAGGGGAGUAUCAUCAUCAUUACAACUAGAGAUGAACGGUUGGUUAAAAAGCAUGAUAUGGAGAUAUCAUAUAAGGUAGAGGGAUUAGGUGAUGAUGAGGCUCUUCAGCUCUUCAGUCUAAACGCCUUUAAAAAAUUUGAGCCUGAGGAAGGUUUUUGGGAAUUGUCCAAGUGCUUUGUAAAUUAUGCUGGAGGCGUUCCAUUAGCUCUAAAAAUUUUGGGAAGCUCUGUGUAUAAGAGAGAUCGAGAUGAAUGGAAAAGUGAAUUGGAUAAGCUACGGAAAAUUCCUCAGUCAACAAUUUUCGAUUUGCUCAAAAUAAGUUAUGAUAGACUAGAUAAGAUGAACCAGAAUAUAUUUCUCGAUGUUGCAUUUUUUCAUAAGGGGAAGAGCAAGGAGGAAGUAAUUGAAAUACUAGACAGUUGUGACCGUUGUGGUGGGAUAAAUGCUCUCAUUGAGAAGUCGCUCUUAACUGUUGAGAUUUCAAACGACAUUGUUGGGAUGCAUGAUUUGAUACAAGAAAUGGCAUUUCAAAUUGUUCGUGAAGAGUCUAUUGAAGAACCCGGUGGACGCAGUCGAUUGUGUCAUCAUAAUGACAUCAUUCAUGUAUUGAUAAACAAUACAGGAACUAACAAAAUUCAAGGCAUCGCCUUAACAUUGGCAGAACUUGAAAAGGCAGAUUGGAAUUGUGAAGCAUUCUCUAAGAUGAUUAACCUCAAAUUUCUUGAAGUUGAUACUGUGAUUAUUUCCUCAAUGUCAAUCCCCAUAAUUCUUCCUAAUUCCUUAAGAAUUAUGAAAUGGAAUUGGUAUUCUUCCAAAUAUCUCCCAUCAAAUUUUCAACCGAAUAAACUUGUUUCACUUGAGAUGCAGUACAGCGAACUAGUUGGGCUCUGGGAUGAAAGAAUUGACUUGCCCAAUUUGAAAUACAUGGACCUUAGUUGUUCUCUAAACUUGGUGACAACCCCAAAUUUCACUGGCAUUCCAAAACUCCAGGUGUUGAAUCUUGAAAGGUGUGAGAAUUUAGUUGAGAUUCACCCGUCCAUUGCACAUCUCAAAUGGCUUACAGAAUUAACACUAGAUGGAUGCAAAAGUGUUAAGAGUCUUCCAAGUGAGGUAGAAAUGGAUUCUCUUGUGUAUUUCAGUCUUGACGGUUGCUCAAAACUGAAAAAGAUUCCAGAAUUUUCAGGACAAAUGGAAAAUUUGUCAACUCUUAAAUUGAACAUGACGCCCAUUGAGAAAUUACCCUCAUCAAUUGGACGUCUUGUUGGCCUUACUAAGCUGAGUGUAAGCAAUUGUAAAAAUCUCUUGGGUCUUCCGAGUGAAAUUUGUAAUUUGAAGUCUCUUGAAGUGCUCUUUGCAGGUGGAUGCUCCGUUGGAAAUUUGAGUGUAUUUGGAUCAGAGCCUAAUAAAUCAAGAUUUUGGUGGGGCCUCCAAAGAAAGGCUUUUGUGUCGGGUUCACUACAUAGUUUAUGGUCUUUGAAGUUUUUGGAUCUGAGUGAUUGUGGCCUUUGUGAAGGGGAUAUUCCCGUUGAUAUUGGCUGCUUGUCCUCUUUAGAAGAAUUAUACCUUAGUGGAAACAAUUUUGUUAGCCUUCCUGCAAGCAUUGGAUAUCUUUCUAAGCUUAGGUCAUUUUGCGUGGAUAGGUGCCAAAGGCUUCAACAAUUGCCCCAUCUCCGCUUUGGAUUGGUUGAUAAUGAAGACUUCUACUUUCUUACAGUAAUAACAGACGAUUGCACUUCCUUAAAAAUGUUGCCAAAGUUGAGCAUGAAAAACGGGAGAAGUCAUGUUACGUUGAGGUGUUUGAAUUGCUCUGGAUUGGUUGAGAAUGAAGGCUGCGAUGAUAGUAUAAUACUUGGAAUGCUCUCGAUUGCUCUGGAUUUUAGAUUCCUUCAGGUACCUGCAAGAACUUUGCCUAUGCGCAUUUUCCAAAUUUUUACUAUGCCCACUUUCCAAAUUGUAACACCUGGAAGUAGAAUUCCAGAGUGGUUCAAUAAUCAAAGAGUAGGGGAUUACUUAUUUGUGAAUCUACCUCCAUGUACCACGUCCAUUUGGAUUGCUUUCUGUGCUGUCAUUGAAGACGAUCGCCCAAAUCCAACUCUCGACUAUUUUGUCAUUUUCCGAAUUGAAGGCGAAGGUGUCCCUGUACAUGGUGUUUCAAUUGAUAAAGGCCAUCUUAUGUCACCUCACCUUUGGGCCCACAAAUUGCUUGGGGAUAAAGAAGUGUGGGUUCCGUUUGGUGCACAAGCAAGACGUGGAAGAACUCAACCAAUCAUGAUGAUGAACCACUCCAUCAACAUCAGCACAAAAGCUCCUCACAAUUCAGCUGAUGCAAGUGCAAGUGCAAGUGGAAGCUCUCACCAAAAAUCUCUCUGCUGCAAAAGCUAUGCUCUUUCCAAAUGGUUUUUAACAAAACUUGUCAAGAUUUUCUCCCUCUUUUUAACAACUGCAGUUUUUAUCAAAUCUUUCAACAAUAGCGAACAAUGGGGGCGCAUAGGACUUUUGAUUUGGCACGAUUUGGAGCUGAUCAAAAGUAGUUGCAUGCUUAUUGGCCAGGAUGGAAUAAGCCAACAAGAAUUUUCAAUCAGAAGCUUAGCAUUGAGAAUUGAUCGUAUCUGA